AUGGGUUACCCUAUCAGCCAGGGGACGGGGCCUCCCCUUCCCAAGUGCUCUAUAAAAAGGAUCUGUCAAAGAAAACAAAAAGCCCCAAACAAAGCUGCUGCCGCCCCGCCGCCGCCUGGAAAGCAGACAGCGGAGGAAACUUCAGCACCACCAGCGAGGAGCAGCAUGUCUUUCCGGCUGCGGUGUCACCUCGUCUUGAUCUUCUUGGCAGCCCUCCAAGGAGAAAGCAGGUACCUCGAGGUGAGGGACGCCGCGGGCGAGAACCAGCCCUUCCUGCUACUCGACGCCCAGCUGAAGAGGGAACUCUCCUCCGACGGGCAGCUUUACCGCCGGGCGCUGCGAUGCCUUGACAUGCUGAGUAUAGAAGGACAAUUCACUUUCACUGCAGAACAGCCUCAACUGCAUUGUGCUACUUUCUUCAUAGGAGACCCUGAAGAGUUAAUUACCAUAGACUUUGACUUUGUCAACAUUGAUUGUCAAGCAGGAGAUUUUCUGAAGGUAUUUGAUGGCUGGAUACUAAAAGGCGAGAAGUUUCCUAGUUCUUUGGAUCAUCCUCUCCCCACCUCAGAAAGAUACACUGAUUUUUGUGAUGGUGACCAUGUCAGAAGAACCAUCCAGUCUUCACAGAAUGUUGCCAUGAUCUUCUUCAGGAUUCAUUACCCUGGAAGUGGAUUCACAUUAACAAUAAAGAAAAAAACUAAUCUCUUCCCUUGCAAUGCCAUCUCUCAGACCCCUUCUGGAAGAUUUACCAUGGUCAUUCCUCAUCAACACAGAAACUGCAGCUUUUCCAUAAUAUACCCAGUGGUAAUAAAAAUAUCUGAUCUGCUGCUGGGACAUUUGAAUGGCCUCAGUUUAAAGAUGCCUUCUGCGGGUUGUGGGGGAACAGGGGAUUUUGUGGAGCUGUUGGGAGGGAAUGGUUUAGAUCCCUCUAGGAUGUUUCCUGUAGCUGAUCUGUGCCACUCCUUCCAUGGCCCUGCUCAAAUGAAGAUCAGCUGUGACAACACUGUGCUACGAAUGGUGUCUAGCGGCAAACAUAUCAAUCGUGUAACAUUUGAGUAUCAUCAGCUUGAGCAACAUGAACUAGCAAACAGAGAAGCGAACAGCCUUGAAGAAUUCUGUUUCUCCAGUGUUUGAGAAGCCAAACAAAUCACUCUUGCUUGUUAUUUACAGUUAAUGUUGACUUUAUGAAACCUUUCUAAUGUAUAAACACCUAUCUUUUCAUACUAAAACGUUAUUUCCAUGAUCAAAUAGUGUUAAUCUUAGGCAUUUACAACCCUUGUCUUUAAGUGUAUUUAGUAUAUUCAAUAAACACAAAUCCAUAUGGAUUUUGAAAGCAAGACAUAUAUAUAUGUAUAUUCACUGGUUCCAAAAUGCAAAGCAAAAACACAAGCAUGCGUGUGCACCCCAAAUCAGGGCACUUGUUUCCAAUGCAAGUAUUAUUUUAUUUCAAAUACUUGCAGCACAUUUUGUAAUAAUUUAGAAUGCACAUGUAAAUUUUGGAAUGCUAUAAAGUUCAUUUAGCAACUUCCCUUCUUUUGCAUCAUUUGCAAAUAUUAAAGAUACAUAUGGUAAAAGUACAAUUCAAUUUUAUAAAAAAAUCUGCAUUGUUUUUUAUUUAUUAAUGCAAAUGUAUAGUUGUUUUUAAUAACAUUUAUAGCAUGAAAAGGUUUUCCUUUGACAGGUCCAGAUAUGAAUAAAUGCAUCCAAAGUACUGGCAAAAA